AUGUCUUCUCCCAAUGCUCCAAAUCCAACAAUUAACACAACCUCUGACCCACUCUCCACUGCCUCUCAUCUCACCCAUCGUGAACUUCUGUGUCGUCGUCUUCGCAACAUCAAACGUCUUACCAAACUUUACAGACGUCAGUAUUGGGCUCUCAUCGAACAAGUCAGGAUCAAACACAGACAAUAUGUUAUUGAGACUGGUCUUAGCCCUUUCCAGGAUGAACCUGAUGUUGUUAUUGACAAUUACACUAACAUAUGUGCUUUUGAUGGUUGUAUGUCCAACCCUAUGCCUUGCACUUCUUUUUGCUUUCAGCAUAUUCUCUCUGAUCCAAAACAAGUUCUUUAUAAGCCUUGCACUUUCGUCAUCGCAAGGUCAGGUGAUGGACCUGUAACAUGCAAGAAACCUACAGUGAGAUCCACCACUCCAUCAUACUGCACUGUCCACAUGAAAAAGGUGGGAAUGAAUAUCUCCCCUAUGGGCAAAGUGAGUCCUGAAUUUCAUGAAUUGGUGCCUGAAUUUGUUGGUCAAAUUCAAGCUAAGAGAAGGGCAAUGAAGGGAAAGGAUGUAAAAGUGUGGUUAAGAAGGAUUGUGAUAAAGAGGAAAGCAAAACUGAGGCUGACAAGGAACAUCAAACUGAAGCUAAGAAGAUUAUGAAUAAACUU